CUUCAUCAGCUGAUUGACUUUUAACCUUUAAUUUGCAACUCCAACAAGAGCAUGUCAUUUUAACAAAAGUGAGGUGAUGUUUUGAAAACUAUUUUUACACUUAUUUUCCGACAUGGCAGUCGCUAAAGAUAAGAAGCUGAAGUGGGAGCCCACCCACAAGGCUAAACCUCCGGACGGAAUCAAGUCCUCAGACUACGCUCACGCAAAACCGUUCAUUCCUUCAUACGAACACGAAGGCAGACCCAAGAUGGGGCUUCUGAUGAGUAACGAGUACGCGAGAAUGUGGCACAGGGAGAAGGAAGAGUUUGAGAGACCGGUGGUGGUGGACAGCAAGUAUCUGCCCAAGAAGUGUGUCAUCCGCGGGCUCAACAAGAAGAAACAAAAUCUAAAGGCGGCCAAUAAAGAAAAUGUAAAAAAGAAGUCUAAGUAGUGCUCCUCGACGAACUCCAAAUUAAGAUAUCAACGGCUUUAUCACAGGCCGAUUUAGAAAUACGAGUACAUUAACCAUUGAUUGGACAGUUUAUCAAACAAGCACUGCCGUAAAAAUUUUGAUCUGGAAUGAAUAAAUUUUGAUCAAUAUGAAGUAUAACAGUUGAUUUUGUUCAAGUGUAAAAACGUUGAAUACCAUUUCUCUGUAUUAUUAUUGUAAAUUUGAGAUUUAAAUUCUAGAGUGCUAAUAAUCUCUUCAAUAAAAGCAAGAAAUAAUACUUCAUUGUUAUUUUA